AUGGAGACUUUAACAGCCCAUUUUGGCCGCUUGUGUGCAAUUGCAAGUUUAGUUUUCGUUGGUUCGUUUGCUUCGUUUACAUAUCAGCAAAUCGACAAAUACAGUGGCAUAAAUCAUGGAACUUGGAAAGACGGAGAUAUAAUGUUGAAGGGUCUCUUCCCGUUAACAUUUCAAGAUGGAGGAAAGUGCGACCGUUUGGAUUCCACGGGGACCACUUGGAUGAUGGCCAUGAUAUACGCAGUUGAUAAAAUUAACAAUGUGUCUUCGCUUUUACCAAACAAAACAAUUGGUUACGAGAUCGAAGAUACUUGUCAGAGCAUUCCUAAAACGAUGAGUUUCGCCCUUGAGAUCGUCUCGAAAUAUCGACCCAAUUCGGUUUGCAGGUCGCUAGAAGACUGUUGCCGCCUUGAUACUAAUCACUUCGAACAUAAACGAAUAUCAGCAGUUAUCGGCCCGGCUUCCUCGUGGAUAUCAAUACCUGUGGCAAGGUUACUGGGUCUGUAUGGCAUCCCUCAGAUCAGCUAUGCCUCAACCAGCAGAAUUCUGGCUGACCAAACGCGUUAUGGCUCGUUUUUGCGAACUGUUCCCUCGGAUCAGUUCCAAGCUCAGGCUAUGGCGGAGUUAGUCCAUUACUUUCAAUGGAACUAUGUGUUCUUGAUUGCCAGCGACGAUGACUAUGGAAAAAUGGGAGCUGCGGCUUUCAAAACGGCAGCCAAGAAUUUGAGUGUGUGCAUUGCCAAUGACGAAUUUGUCUCAUUUGGCUCUCCCAACGCAGAUAGACAAAUUGAGGAUACGAUGCUUAAAUUGAAAAGUGCUGAAAGAGCAGAAGUUGUGAUUGUAUUUAGUUAUCUCGAACAAGGAGAGAUGUUGUUGAAAAAAGCGGAGCAAUUUGAGAUAACUGAUCGUACUUGGGUGGCAAGUGAUGGGUGGAAUUCGGUGAGUUCCGAAAUAGAAAAGCUUAAUAUCAGUAAGAACACUUUGAAAGGAUUAUUGAGUUUUUCAAUAAGAUCCAAGCCGGUGACUGACUUUGAUCACUUUUUGAGAAGUACAUCUGUUCAAAAGGCAUGGAAUAAUUCGUGGUUUACAAAACUCUUGGAGGAAACCUUGAAAUGCCAAGCGUCCCAAAACAAUCGAGACCUAAAAUCAGAUGUGUCACCUUCCAGAAAACUCUGCGAUCCUGGUGCCACUCUUCCUGCGGAUCAUGAGAUUCCCACUGAUUUUGUGGCCAAUGUCAUCGAUGCUGUAUACGUUGUUGCCCACGCAGUUCACAAUAUUUUGACUUGUAAUCAAACACGGUGUCCGAAUAUAAGCUUACCGAUUUUGCCGGAAACGCUAUUCGAUUUUGCGUCAAAAGUUGAUUUUUCAGGUGUUGACUACACAAAGGUCAAAUUUGAUAAAAACGGUGAGCGCACGAACAGCGACUAUGUGAUAAGGAAUCUACAUCUCAGCAGUAAAAAUCGUCUUCAGUUUAUUGACGUUGGCCACUGGAGAAAAUAUGGCGACGAAACGCGCUUUACUGUCAAUCAAAGUCUGAUCCAGUGGAACAAGGGAAAGAAGCCAGUAUCUACUUGUUUCCGUGAAUGCCAGCCAGGCGAAAAGGUGGUUGGCCAAUCAGAAUGCUGCUGGCACUGUCAAAAGUGUGACAAGGGACAAGUCAGCUUUACCUCUGGCUCUUUAAAUUGCAUCGCCUGCAAUGAAACUCACUAUGCAAACGCUAAAAGGACACAGUGUAUCUUUCGUGAAAUAGUUUAUCUGAAAGUUUCUGACCCCGCUGGAAUAGCCAUACUGACCUUGAGUUGCCUGGUCAUACUUGUCCUGACUUCUGUGGCUGUUAUAUUUGUCCGUGAACGGAGAACACCAGUAGUUAUGGAUUCAAGUCCAUAUCUACUGAUCUUAUUUUUUAUCACUCUGUUGUUGUCUUCGAUUCUGACUAUCAUCCAUGUAGGUUGUAAGCCAACCGACGCCUCCUGCACAUCAACUAGCAUUCUUUUAGUUUUGGUGUUUCUUUUUUACUCCGCCUUCUUUCUCACUAAAACAAAAUCAGCAACCCAGUUUCUUAAAUCAGCGGUUUCUCGUCUUAGAGACAUGCACAUUUCCCAUUUACAGCUACUAGGGGUUGGAGUACUUCUCCUCGUACAGUCUAUUCUGAUAAUCGCAUGGCAAGCAACAUCGAUUUCAAUUGCACGUUUUCAGAAUCAGGAAGACAACACGCGUCUCCUCGAGUGUUAUGAGAGCUUUUCUGCCGCUCACAUCAUAGGUAUUUGUUAUCCAAUUGUUGUGCUUGUAGUUGCAACAGUACUUGCCUACCGCGAGCGACAUUUG